AUGACGAAGGUUUGCAGUUGCGGCCGGGUGGCUUGCUUGUACUUAGCCCUCUGGCUGGCGUCACGCAUCAUCUGCUUCAGCAACGGUGAAACCUGUUGGGAUUGGACUGUGAAAGCAAUGAAACGCGAGACGAGGAAGGAGGGUAUACAAGCCAGCUAUGACGACAAGUCUGGGACGGAUCCCGGGGACCACGGGAGGCGGAUAGGACAGCGCAGAGGGGACAGAAAUGAGGGUUCGAGUAGCGCGACCCGGAUCGACUGUACCCAGCAUGUGGAUAGGCUACUGGAGAAGAGCGGAGUUGCCUCUAGACCGCAUCGGGCCGGACCCAUGUCGACUGCCUUCACCGGUAUACGACAGGGGUAA